ACAGCAAGACCCACCGAACCCUCGCAGUUUCGUCGCGCCCACCAACUCGAGAGAUCUUGCUAAAAAAAAAAAACCCAACUCGAGAGAUGAGCACCGGCGGCGCGGACAAGCCUGGCAGCGGUAGCGGCGGCGGCGCGGUGAAGACGCCGUCGGACUUCCUCAAGUCCAUCAGGGGCCGCCCCGUAGUCGUCAAGCUCAACUCCGGGGUCGACUACAGAGGUAUAUUGGCUUGCCUGGAUGGUUAUAUGAACAUUGCGAUGGAGCAGACUGAGGAGUACGUGAAUGGUCAGUUGAAGAACAAGUAUGGUGAUGCGUUCAUCAGGGGCAACAACGUUUUGUACAUCAGCACGUCGAAGCGGACCCUUACUGAUGGCGCAUAGACGGAUUGGAGCCCUCUGUCCUCCCUUGCGUGUCGUGUAACUUCAAAGCCGUUAACUUUGGUUGCGCUCUGACUCAGAUGCAUCCUUUUUCAAUCUCUGUACUCGCUGUCUGGAGGAAGUUGGGGACACGAUCUCAUCGGCUUGCCAGGUGCUAUUUUGAUGUAACCGACAUUUAUUCAGCUUCCCAUGUAUAUGUGGUGUUGCUUUAGGGAUAUGGAUAAGAUACUGUGUUUGCAGCAUCGCGUUACGUCGUUUCAUCGUUAAUGGUGGUAUCAACUCGCCAAUGUUGUGAUCUGCUUUGAGGGUUUUGAACUCCUACGGUUGAUUUGAUUGCUAUAACGUCCAGAAACAAUUCUUAGGGCC